AUGGACGAUCUUAGUGUUCAUUACCUGCGGAUGGCGAACGGCUCUCAGAGUCAACUUCAUGACCCGGCAGCUGUGGUAAAUUUUGUAGAACAGAUGCAGCUCGUGGUGGAGCGCAGUUCUGCGCCAAGAAAGAAUUUUCUCAUUGACACGACCACUCCGCGUGGUGAUGUCAUCAUCACGGAGGCAUCUGCGAUGAAGCCUGGCAACGGCUGGAUCACUCUGCAGGUGACGGAGGGGAUCCGUCGCGGUGUACACGAGUGGUGCGUGAAGAUUGAGCACCAAGGGGAGACGACAGAUGGCAGCGGAUUGAUGCUGGGUAUUGUGCCGAAAAGUUUUUCCAAGUACGACUCAUUCAUAUCACAGGGAGGUGGUUGGUGCCUGAGCCGUGCGGGAAAGUUUUACGGCCAUUGGAGGCGGCAGGACAACAACGCCAGUGUUGUCUUUGGUGCCGGUGACCGCGUGAUAUUCCUCCUGGACUACGAGACGGCACGCAUGACGGUGCGUGUGGGUGAUAAGUCGGUUGUGGGUGAGAUCAGUAAUCUUGCCCCCGAGGUGUACCCUGCCAUCUCCCUUCACUACCGUCAUCAGUUUGUGCGCUUUGAGUACCACAAGGUACACGACCGUCAUGCGAAGAAGCUGAACUGGAUUGAACGUUUUGCCUUUCCGCACGCCUCUGUGUACCUACCUCUGACACCCGAUCAGUUGGAGAAGGUCCCACUUGAUUCAUAUGUUUUUAGUUCAUUAUUUAAUGAAAAGGAAGGUCAAAACGGGCGGUGGAAACGGCGAAAAGGCUCUACUGCAUCUUCAAAAGGUUUAGAUGGAAUUGUUGCUGUGACCGAAGAAUAUGAGACGGCGCGGGCCGCAAAUGCACGACUAACAGUUGUUCUUCGGGCCAUUCAGGCUGUGCGGCGAUAUUGUGGUGGCGGUGUUAUACCCGCAGAGGCAUUUCUCGACCGAAAUAUUACAGCAGAAACACUGCGCAAACAGCAGCAUGCACUGUCAAGCCGUGGUGCCGGUUCCCGCGAUGGUAUGGACGCCGCUCUGAACUGUGGGGCAUUGGUUCUUAUUCACAUGUUUGCUCACGCCAGCAUGACUCUGGCCGGCGCCACCAUGUUACCACUGAUACACAACCUUCAAGAAUACCUUCGGGGUGUCGCACUGUUCAGUCUCGGAGAGGCGUCCUCAUCACCUUACUUCGUGGGUAGCUCCAUUUCCCCAGAGGUGAUGCUACAAGCACUGGACAGUGUGGCAAGAAUUCUUGACCGGACCCUUGCAAAUAAUAAUAGUACGGAUGGUAUCAGUGGUGUUGUCAACAGCGCAACUACCGUCCACAACAAUUACUACAACAACUACAAAGGCGUCACUAGCCGCAUGACUUACAAUAACACAGAUGGCGAUGUUGCCCCGGCUUUAUUAGAGCUUUUGGUAUUGCUUUCCCUUCAGUGUGGUUCCAUUAGUGAGGUUCUGCGUACAGUGCGGUACCUGUUACGUCUCCCCUCCAACUUUGUCUCGAAGGGAACAUUGGAAUGGUUGAAGUUAAAUGAAUCGGCUCUCACACCCAAGAGGUACCUUCCUAGUCUCAACGAGGCCUAUGAUGCUAUUGAGGAAGAAACAGAGCAACUGACUCCAUUUGGACGUGAUCUCAAUUUACAGAUACUUUCAGUAGGCUAUGAUCAUGGCGCGGUUUAUAUCCAUACGGUGGAUGGUCUUAGCAAACGCAGCAAUGUGGUUGGAAUGUAUGCCCUUGUGUGCUCCACCAAUGAACCGCUUGACUGCUGUCCUCAAUGCUCAUAUUCGAGCAUUGCUUUUGGUGAGGAGGGUGUUUUGUUACUAUUGACAAAUCGCAUGAUUGCCGCUGGACUUGCCGUUGUAACGUACAGCACUGCUUUGGAGAUACGCCAAAAGGUGGCCCUUACAGAUGUUCCUCAGUGGCCAGUGAGUUCCCGUUACAUGGCAAUUGCGUCGGGUCCAGAAAGCCGUUUGCUACUUGUGUACGAUGUGGCCAAUCCGCCAUCAACAGCUGCCGCCGCCUCAGAUGUUAAUGGCGCCUCUUCUUUUGCUCUGGAGAUGCAAGUGUUUUCCGCUUGUAGUUUUCCUGAGGUGCAGUGGUGCAGGUCAAUUCAAAUUGCUCCUCUUGACCGCACCCUCGCAUAUUGUCUGUCGCUUAGCAAAGGGAGCGUGAUUGACUUUGGCUCGCCAGAAGCAUGUCUAACCACCGUUGGAGGUCAUGUCACUGUGGAGGUUUGGAUUAAAAUCCUCGAGAAGGACGACACCUCUGUAUUGUAUCAACAUGGUGAUAGAAGCACCAGUGGAGAAGUUUUUAUAGAGACAGCACGGCUGGAAGGGGCUUGGCGAAUACGUGGCGGGUACCGACAUGAUUCCCGUGGCAUGUGUGUUGUCACGGCUUCUGUUAGCCCAGCCUCGGAGUCACAUUUUAUUCAUAUUGCCUUGGUAUUUGAUGGAAAUUGGCGUUUGUGUCUGGAUAACGAAGAGGUUUCAUGCACCCGGCAAGGGCCACAAGUAUCCCUGGAGAAUCCUCGACAACGAUGGACAGCUGGUAAUGAUUGUGUAUGCCAAAUAGCUGCUUUGCGUGUGUGGAAGGGCGGUCGUUCUCUUCGUGAGAUUGUCCGUGACUCACGUCGUCUUUUGUCUGGGAAUGAGCCGGGUCUGUUAUGCCAAUAUUUCUUUAACGAACCAAAUGGAAAUGUUGUUUUUAACCAUGUUCGAUCGGGUGCAGCAUUCGGUCGUCACGCGGUUGUCCGGGGGCAUUUUUCUCGUGUGGGUUGUUUUGACCACCCGUUGUUACCCUCACUUCGGGAGAGCGGCGCAUCCGGGGGUAACACCAUGCCUGCAUCACUCGAGCCACCGCAGUUGGAGCAUACACAUGUGUUUUUUAAUGGGAUUCAUGUUGGGCUAAUGGAACUAAAAGAGCGAGUUUUCCCAGGCUUUGGAGAUUGGAGGCAUGUUCAUCAAGUGAAUUUUUUCGAUGUCAAGACCGGGCGGGGUGUAUACGGUAGUUAUGUGCUGCGACAGAAGAGUAAGAUGGGAUUCCUUGGGUGUGACCGCGACGGGCACUAUUGGGAAGUGUUCCACACAGGACUGAACUCGGGUGUCCCCGGUGAACUGCAGCAGCAGGUUGUGGCCGUGGGGAAACUUUCAGGACUAUCCACUGCCGUAAAGGAGAAUUUCACGUGCAAUUGCCUUCAUGGCUCCAAUGCAACGAACUGCAGUCCGCCGGAUGGGACACAUGUGUGUGUCGGCGGCAAUGCACGGGCAUCGUGUGGAAGUUCACAAACAGAGACCGGUUCACGUUAUGGACAAGAAUCUCUUAUUCAGCUUGACACAACCAAUUUCACUUUUGAGUCACUGGCCAUGUGGUUGUUGGGGCUCCUUUCAUCCUUUGCAGAGGCAAGUGGUACCGAGUUGGACAAUCAUCUUUUUAAUCCUCUACUGGACGAUGUGGGAACUCGGUGUGUACAUGAAGUGCAGCAGCUUCUUUGUGAGCACUGCCGUGCUGUGAAGGCGAUGAAUGCUCGCCGUUCAGCAAACCUAAAGGAUAGCACUUCUUCCAGCGUGAUCUCCACCACAUUACGAGUGUUGGUUCGCCUGAUUCGGCGCGUGCGAGAAUUCAAACUGCAUCCUGACACAAUAGGCUUCUCCGAGGUAAACGGGAGCGACGACUUUCACGGGUUACUGCAUGAGCUGAGCAUUGUACAACGGAGGCGCAAUACGUCGUGGCAGGAAUGCGUUGGAUCCACGGCAUCAUCUGCCAUGUCCACCAACAAAUCCAGCACGGCAGUGACAGCCACCGAAAGGACCGAUCCAAGGGGUAGGGCACUCUCUGUUACCAUAAAACGAGGAACCAAUCUGCUCGGUGUUCUUGCAGAUAUCAUCAACGAGGCCGGCUUAAAUUUGCCGAUGGAACUGGCCGCGCUCGCCCGUGUCAUCAUCCAGGAAGGAGUGACUCUGUUCUUCCCAAGUGCCACAGUGCGGGCAAAACUGCUGCAAGAGAUACUGAGCCGCGACCAGCCGAAUGCACUGCAGUCUCCGGCUCUCAACGUCUUGCUUGACGCCAUUGUAAAGAGCUUUACCGACAUGACAUCCGCCGCGGCGCUGGUCCAUGGAGUUGAUUCGACAAGUGACCGCAUGAAUGAGAGAAGCAAAUCUACAGACACCAUGGAGAAAAAACUUCUUUUGGUGAAGACAACCCUGUUCACGUUAUUGACGGAGUCGGCGAGUCAGAUGAUUUCCCAGGUGCCAAACGAGCCGCGACAGCAACAGUUGAGUCUUCUCCCUACGAUGGCAGAGGCCAUUGGGACGCUGCAGCUACUGCUUUUUAGUCAGUGCAACUGGAUUGGGGUGGCCGAUGUGAAUACCGCCGUUGCACGCCGUGGAGUAGAAAACAUCUUUUCAAUUCCUUUGCCCACAGACCUUUCUCCUGUGCUGAAGGAUUACUACGUGGAGUUGUUCAACACCGCCGAGAUGAUAUUUAAAACGUUGAUCGAGCGGCUCUCUGCGGCAGCAUCAUCUCGAGAGCCACCAGCCACAAAAACAGCAGCAACAGAAAAAGCAGCGGUAGUAACGAUGGUCCUUGAUAUGCUUAGUAGCUCGUUUUUGGGGUUUCCACUUCACACAGCCAUCACAGCAUUACCAUUUAUGGUCACACGCGAUGAAUCGGAGUGGCUUCUGCAGAAAUUAUGUUUGCUUCGGGACCACUACCGUUCCCUUUUGCAAUUAAUUCGUGAGAAUAAUUCGAUGGGCCUCGACAAAACCGGUCGCUGGCCUCUUUUGGCUUUGGAUAAUGGGAUACUUCUUGCAUCGUCCUGGGUGGCUUCUUUUAUGUCACUUGGCCAGCUCCCUGCGGGAUCGUUGGAAAAAAACACACCGUCGCAGGACUCCUUUGAUCAUAGCACCAGCAUUAUUCAGGAGAUAUGCGAUCAUCCGCUCUUGGCAGCAGGGUUGCGCUCAACAAGUACCGUUGUUAAUAAUACACACAUGACCAUCAUUACGAAGCUACAACAACAACGAUCAUCUUGGGAGGCUAUCGCAAGGCGGCAAGAUCCAAUUGCGUCAAAGACACCGACAGGAUUAGGAACGGUCAUGUCACUUGCCGCCGUCGCGGUGGUUCAUCUGAGUGGUAUACAACUUCAUCGCCUCACGGAUGACGAGCGACAUGAGUUGCUUGCAAAAACACUUCUUCAGUUGAAGAGUGCUAGGAAUGAGCUGUUGAAUCAUCGAUCACAAAACCCGAAUGAUUUUGAACGUAAUGUGUCUGAUGUAAAAGAGCGAUGCCUCUUGCUGUUACGAAUCCGAAGACUCUCCGAGGCGGAUUUUUCAAAGAUGUCAUCCACCUUUCUUGCCCAAUCCCUCGUUGACAGAGUCUUGGGGGGGAAAAAAACGAAGGGUAGCAGGUGGAGGCGGGCUGUAUUUCUUUUGCGGGCGCAACGUAUGUACCACGAGGUGUUAUUGAAUGGCUGGCAACUUUUUCAAAUUGGUCCUGCCCUAAAACUGGUGGAGCGUGUCAUUGUCUCCUUGGGGGUGACGGCAGCUAAAUUGCAGGCGGUUAUUCAGGCACGUCAAACGACUGCUCUUCAACGCCUGGAUGGACUUCGUCGCAUGCUGCACCUUUUUGAGACAGAUGCCUCGUCUGCACUAAAAGUUGCCUCACUGCUAUUCAGUGGUUCUGUGGGCUCCCACCGACAGUUUGAAGCUGGCAUCUCGGGUUGCUUGGAUUCCACGCGGUGCGCUAUUCGUCGGACAAUGUACGACAUCCUUCGCCGUCUGCGUGAUGCCACAGCGGGGUCUCCAGCGACAGGGGUGAAUGAUAACAGCACUCGAGUGGAAAAAAUUUCCACGGCGGCAAUAAAUAAUGAUGCCCCGUUCCACCCGACCACACUUAGUGAGGUGCUGAACAGAAAGUGGUCGCCCAGUGAUUUCUGCUACCUGGAGCACCUGCAUUUUGUGAAGGUGGUCUUUGAAGCGAAUUGUAGCAUGUUUGAACAAAGUGACCCGGAAAAACUGCGUCAGGAGCGGUCAACGGAGCGUUCCCAUCGACACGAGGCCAAGGAUGAACGGAAAAAGGCUGCCACUUCCGGCUGUUCACAGGAUGUUACGGAGGAAGACGCAAAUGAAGUAUCGCUGCAGCGCACUCCACAGGAGUAUGCGUUGAUGGAAUCCCUUAACACACUCAAAUCCUUGGGUCAGCAGGCUGCACGAAUAUUGGGGGAUGUGUCCCUGUCACCUUGUGAACGACGUGGUUGUACCCUUUUUCUUGAUGAAUUAUUUGGGGUAUUGGAACUGGAGCUGCGCUGUUGUGCCAAGUACGCCUCGCAAAAGUCUUAUCCUUCCCACGACCGUGUGCUGGAGCAGAUCAGUCUGAUUUGCACGCUUGCCUGCACCGUUGCUCGGACUCUACCGGAGAAAUUUUUAUGUAACAGGGAAAAUUGUUUUAAAGUAGCACUUCUAGCACUUAGGUUGUGCAUUGUGGCUAAAAUCCUCUUGGCAAUAAUCACGGCAGUAGUGGCGGUGACGACAGCCCCAGCCACAACGACGAAUAAUUCCACAAUUAAAUUGGUGGAAGUUUGUAUCCAUACGAGCAUACUACUGCUCCACCAUUGUCAACCAGCGACUGUCGACUUAAUUUUUCUUGCGGAAGAGGUGAUGGAGAUGACGCGUCAAGCGGUUUGUGUCACGGGAACAGGAGGAGAAACUCUCGGAUUCUUUUUGGCCUUUGUGCUUCGCUGUCUUUCUAUCUCCAGUGGGGGCCUUGGCGAGAUGGGAAUGCGGUGCAUUGAUGCCUUUCACACACUUGUCUGCCGAACACCAUGGGAUGAGUCCUUUAAUGCUCUAUGCGAGACCUACCAGUGCGACCUUGGGGCGGUUGCUAUGGCAGAGGACGAGGAGGCCUCUCGAUUAAGCAGCGUUCGGCUUCUUGUGUGGAUGUAUGCCAUUGGCGGGCCUCUGACAGCUUCGCUGAGUCCCGGCAAGAAGGUCCAUAUGAGUGUUGACAACAUGCUCUCAUCCACCGAAGAGGCAUACAUCGUCGAUUGUUCUACGCAAUCAGGUGGUGCAACGGUGAUUUCCUCCAAUUUGUGUUCACUUGUCGAGGAACGCGAGGUUUCGCUUGACAGCCUUAUUAAUUCCUCCUACGAGGAGGUGACACUUCCACGGGCAGAUGUACUAUUUCGAUUUUUGAUUCCCGCACUUGAGCAUUUUUUUAAACCUCCCUUGAAGCCAUAUCUGUCGCCACUCAUUUGGGCCGUCGUUGCGGCGCUUCUACGCAUCACACGGGCGGUGUUGAAGAACGAUCCUGCGGCAAGUAGAGUUCUUCUUGAAAGAGACAUUCUGAGUCAAGUGGACGCGUUUGCAUUUCGUCUUGCGGCGAAGAUACCGCUACCGUUGUGCUAUCUAUAUGAGGUGUGUCCCACCGUGGUGCAGCACCUUUUGCAGUGCACAAGACGCAUUUUGUUUGACGCAGUUGCUCCUUCUUUUUCGCCUCUUACAAACAACAAUGCGCCGAACAAUUUGUCCUCUGGUACAUCUUACAGUCAGUCGUCGCCGCGCACAGAGUUGCAUCGCAACAUAACAUUUGGUUCCGCGGUGCCGUUGUCCACUUCCGUGUUUGGUGCAACUGCUCUCUUGGGUAACUCCAUGGUGUUUCGAUCUGAAGCGGAUAAUAAUAAUAACAACAACAACAACAGCAAUAACAACAAAAACAACAAUAGCAGCAGUGGUGUCUUGCCUUCGAUUGCCCGCAUUCCACAUCCACAUUCUUCCCUUUGUCUCACGCCCUCUGUCCUUUGUUUCUGCGGGGCCAAAGACGCCCCAGCUGGUACACUCACGAUAAAAUCUACCGGCGUCAGGAGUUGUAUGCCACUGUGGACGGACGGUGUCACUCUGGAGGCAAGCGUACUUCUGUACGACCGACUUUUCCCAGAGCUUGGGGAGGACUUUGUGAUACCCGUGUCGUGGCAAAGACCCGAAAUUCAAUUUUCACUUUUUUCACUAUAUGAAAAACCCAGUCCAGGUACCGCCGCUCUGAUGCGUGUGGUGUUCAAUGAGAAUCGUAUUGACUGCGCUGUGGAAACUGCAAGGGGGUCAACCGUAAUUGUCUCCUCGAAGUUACUGCGUGAAGACUGGGACCACUGGAUUCACAUUGCUGUGGUGCUGGAAGGCAGUACGGUCACACUUUACAAGGAAGGUGUUGGCACAACGGCGGUUUUGUCCAAGGCGGUGGCGUCGCGUCUGGAGACACUUUUUCGUGAAGGUGGCGCCGAUCGGUUAGUUAUUGGCAACGAAACACGUGGUGGCAUUAACAGUAUUAAAAAUGCCAGGGCCAGCAGUGGAAAUGGAACGGCUAAAGUUAGGAGCACCGGCAUCAACCAACGCCAUACCAACAACAAAACCAGCAGCAGCAGUAGCAACGGUGAGAACAUCAAAAAUCAAUCUUAUCAUCAUUUUUCUGACGGCGAAACGAUGGACGAGAUGCUUGUGGCGAUUGAGGGUGUUCGUUUCUGGGGAUGUGCUCGUGGGCUCAAAGCGCAACGGACGACUGCUGAUUUUGUUACGCGUGAGCAGACGUUGCCUCUUGUUGGCGUUUUGGAUAGAUCGCAGACGACGUUUCGGUUUUCAGAGUCAACAGGGAAUGAGAUGUUCUCAGAGAACAGGGAGUGUGUUGGAAUCCUUUGCGGAAACGCACGUUGGGUCCCCUUCCCUGUCUUUUCUGGGACCAUGAAUUUGGAUAAGUCGCCCCGGAUCGACCCAACGAAUCAAAUAGAGCUUCCUCUAUUCAUUCCGCGGAGUGAAUUUGAGUGUUUCUUUGCUGCACUUGAUCGCAGCCAGCUUGUGAGGAUUGGCAGCGAAUACCUGCAAACCCUUUGCGCUCACCUUAGUCGACAAUGUGUUCUUGCAGCCAUUCGCCAGGUGGUGUCGCCUGGAUAUCACGUCUUGGCCAUUGAGAGGUGUGACAACAAGCAGCGCGACACGAAGCCUAGUCAUACGGGUGAUGAUGGAAAUGAGAAUUGCGGAGAUGGCCCACCAUCUAUUACAGGAAUUGUCAACCCGCUUCAUAUCAUUUCAAGCAAUGACUUUGUGCGGCACCUUAUAAAUUUAUUGCGGUAUAGUGACACGGGAGCUGUUAGCGAUGAGACAAUGAAGGCCGUCUCGGAAUUCGUAAAGUUAUGCUUCUGUUCGAUCUCCUCGGAAAAGGUGUUGGAAAACAGUUUUCGUGAUGCCGUAAUUGCCAUUACUGAGGCAUUGCGUGAUGAAGCGGAGACGUUCCGCGUGGAACUUCCGCCGUUGUCCUAUGUGACGACGGAUAUUCAGUUGGUGCCCAUUGCAAUCCUUAAUGGGCCGGGCGGCACUGUCUCCUUUGAUGCCAACAGUCGUGGUAUUGAGCACAUGACACUUUUGCGGGACAGAAAACAAAAAGUACUCCUUGCCAAAUACCCGGAUGCUCAAGGGGGUUGGCCAGAGUUGGAGAUACCAGGCGAUAGCCCUUGGUUUUACGCUAGACCCAUUGUUAGCACACGGGCUGCGACGGCCUCCUUCACGCUUUCAGCCCGAUCAUUGAAGCCACUUGUCGCGUGUGGGAUCUUUGGGGCGAUACGUGAGGUGUUGACUUCACAUACAAAAUAUCACUGCGGCUGGAAAUGUUUUCUAAAUACGCCAUUUCUUUCGUUUUUGACGAUUCGUGCAGGGACGACGAGGUGCUCUUCUUUGCCUGCAUGUCGCCUUUUAACAGCGCUGCUUGAUUCAUGGCGAUACAUUCCCCAUUUUGCUCCGCAUGACCAGAGUCCAUUGAAGAUUUUAUUGGCGCAUCUUAAUGUGCCUUUGAUGGCUAUUUUGCACCGUGGGCAAAUAGCACCCAACAGCCCUCCAUUGCUCUCUCCCACUUUAGGCCACUACAAUCUUCGGGUUCAGGGGGCGUUUGAGCUUCUUGUGGCGGCUAUUCGUCUUGAAGCAGCUUGGAAGGGCGUUAGUCAUUCACAUUGCACGCGAAUUCGAUGGAAACGGCUGAUGUCGUUAUGGGAAGGUUCCAUUGGUUAUGGCACCCCUGAUUCAUCUCCCUCUUCUUCUAUCAUUACAAAGCAGGAUCCCACUGUGGUGGAGCGAGGAUAUGUGCGACUGGUGCCGCUUCCUUCCACCGGUUCUCCAAUCCAGUAUCGACCCAAGGCAACAAUAUUUCAACGAGGUAAUGGUGUCUGGUAUGCCUCCUGCGAUCGGGUUUCUCUCUCAGCGCGCAGCAGUGUUGGGUUUAAGCGGGGACGAUUUUACUUUGAGGUUCGCAUUCCCGCGGGUGGCGAAGCCAUUUCUGUUGGCGUCGUCACGGAACGCGCCCAGCAGCAUUCUGUUUUGGCUCCUCGUGGUCUGGGCCAUGAUAGUGACUCAUGGGGAUUUGAAAGUGUGCAACUUUGUCGUUUUUACCACGGUUUCCGCCAUGAAUUUGCCGUUCGAACCAAGUGGAAGGCCCUUGACGUCAUUGGUAUUCUUUUGGAUCUUGAAGCGGAAACUCUGGCGUGUGUGCACGACGGCCGUCAGGUUAGUAUAUUUGACAAUUUAAGGAGCAAUCGCGGUAAUGAUGCGGCGACUUCUUUCUUUCCUGCCGUCUCGUUUGGCACAGGUGGGGUGGAUGUCAACUUUGGUGCAGCACCGUUUGCUUGUAGCUUGCCUGUGGGUUAUCUUCCUGUCGACCCGUCUAAUUACAUGGCUUCUCCCACAUCAAAACUUUGGACCCUCCUCACAGCUGUCGAUGUUGGGGAAACUCUUGCCAUGUGUAGCAAUAGCCCUAGGGGUGGUUACGCCAAAGCUUUUUAUGCUGAGGACGUCACCGUUUCCAAGGAUGGGACCAUUCAUUUGCCCAAUCUUUUUGAAAAGGCUAAUGAUGUCGGAAUGGCAUAUCAAACAGGUCGCAGCGGUCCCUACAGUGUGAGUCUUCUUCCUUGUGAUACCAAGGCGAGGACGGUGACAGUGCAAGGGAGUGAGGUUCGUGCCGAGGAUGAUCCUUGUUUUGUACGGGGCAGUGUUUGUGUUCGGAGCGGACGAUGGUACUAUGAGGUGGCUCUUCGCGGUGAGGCGUUGGUCAGUAUCGGCUGGGUCACUUCCACGGCCACCCCAGACUGGUCUCGCACCAAGUCACUGGGCAACGAUAACGAGUCGUGGGUACUUGAGGGAAGCCGAACGACAGCGCGACAUAACAAACAUCAGCGGAGCGUAGGUGGACAAAUGUGGAAGCAUGGAGAUAUCAUAGGCUGCAUGGUGGACUGUGAUGCCGGUACCAUUGCGUACAGUGUCAAUGGUACCCCGCUGAGAGAAAUGCAUGACACCAACGGCGAUGGUGUCCUUUUUUCUUCUGUUAACUGUGCAAAUGGAAUGAUGCCUGUAGUUGGUGUGGACCCAAAGAAUGCGGCAUCUAUUUUGUUCUUUGACGAAGAGUUGUCAUUCCGUCCGCGUGGUUACCGUGCACUUAGUACAUCCAAUCCCAUACGAAUAGCAAUAGAACUUCAUUACUGUACAGAUGACCUUGAGAAUAAGGAUAACGGAGAGGGAGUGGCCGGACCCACAUUCUCACCUACAUUGGCUCGAUCGCUGCUGUCAUCGUUAACAUCCUUGACGGAAUUGAAUUUUAUGAACGCUUCAGCGUACUGUCUGGAGGACGUACUCAAUAAAAAUAGCAGCACCAUCCGUUACGAGAAGUUUCAGGGGCGUGAAAAUGCCUUGCGUCUUCUUGUGACCCUGCAAAAUCUUUCUGGCAUAGCAGAAUGCAUGAUUCCAUAUGCGCAUGCUGCCUUUAAUUAUGGGGAAUACGAUACACUUCUUUCGGGUCCGAUUUGUCGGUCUCUUUGGCAAUGUCGUGAAUAUUUGCUGCCGGUUGUGGUCUUGCGGAUUCUUCAUGGAUUUUUUUCGCAUACAAAUUGCUUGGGAGAAAACGUCAAGCUUACACUGAAUCGACGAAAGGCGUUAUCCCUUGUAAAUGAUGCGGAUGCCCCCGUUUCUGAGCGUCUACGUGGGAGCCUUUUUGGGCAAGUGUAUCAACUUCUACAUGACAAGAAUGUCUCUCUCUUUUGCACAAACAGGAAAUUGUGGUCUGUGAAUUUUAUUGGGGAGGGGGCAGAUGACAUUGGUGGCCCGUACCGCGAGAGUAUCACACAGCUUUGCUCGGAACUCAUGGGUCCAGGUCUUCCGCUUUUUAUUCCAAGCCCGAAUCAGGCCAAUGACAUUGGGGAUUCACGUGAGCUCUUUGUCGUCCGUCCAGUAAUGGAACCGCCUGUAAGAAUCAUUAUGUAUCACUUUUUUGGUCGUUUGAUUGCUGGGUGUUUGCGCAGCUCGGAACCACUUCCCAUUUACCUCUCCAGCCGUAUAUGGAAGGCGUUGGUGGGGGCCCCCGUUGACGAGAGUGAUCUUUGCGUCGUGGACAAGACGACGGCUCAGUCGUACCAAUGUAUAAGACAACUACUGUUGUCGAAAAGGGGCGAAGGGACAACAGACGAGGAGAUUACAGAACUAUGCCCCGGGGGAUUUUCCGUUGUGGAUGAUGCAGGGGUGGAGCAGGAACUCUUUCCUGGAGGUAAAGAAAUAUCCGUGGGUCGACAUAAUGUAGAGAUGUUUCUUGACAUGGCGUUGCACUUUAAGUUACGGAGGAUGGGGGCGAUGCAAAUUGAAGCCAUAGCGGAGGGGUUUCAUCAGGUGGUACCCAUCACCGCGGUGUCGUUGUUGAAGUGGUACGAACUUGAGCAAGUGGUUUGUGGACAGCCGGACUAUGACGCGGACGCACUCAUCGAUUCCGCCCGCUACGAGGACCUUGACCCAAAUGACGUUAUUGUACAAUAUCUGCGGCAAGUUUUACGACAGUUUUCCCGUCAUGAGCGUGCACUUUUUAUGCGUUUUGUUAGUGGUAGGGAAAGACUUCCAUCGGGGGUGCGGUUAAAGCUGAUGCCUGAUGCCAAUUCGCGUCCGCUGCGGCGUGAAACCUCACAGAACAGCGGUGCUCAUAGCAAUGAUGGUAAUGGUGGUGUCAAGGCCUUGGUUGAUACGUUCGAUGACAAUAGGCUACCUCAUGCCUCCACCUGCUUUUACUGGCUCUCCAUUCCAAGAUACAGCUCGGUGGAGGUGAUGAGGGAAAGGCUUUUGUUUGCCAUUCAGCAGUGUCUCGAUAUUGACGCGGAUUUUGUUGUGCACGAGAAUGGCAACUCAGAGGAUGAAGUGGAGCCCACGUUGGCCGUCAAUGCGGAUGAGGAUGAAGAGGAUUUUGAGGAUUUUUCCCAUCUGCGUUAA